GGUUUUAUAGUAUAACAUAUAUACGACGGAUUUUCUUUUGUCUGUGAGGACAAAGCAGAGAUGUUCUUUACUUACCUUUUUUUUUUUUAAUCUGCAAUUUUUGAAAGACAGGAUUCUCUACGUACCUUGGCAUUUAUCUAUUCAGGAUUUAUCCUGUAAGUUUUAUAUAGGCCAUGAACAUGCACAUGCACGGUUCUGGACGUGGUUAAAAAGCGAAAACAAGCAAAUAUCUGUAGUAAUUAUAUAUCGAACAACAUGGAAAAUAAUUUGUAAAAGAAGCCAAACUACCUAAGAAAAAAGAGAAACACAACAAAAAAGUUAUUCUUAUAUCGCCAGCCUCCAAUGAAACAGUUAUAAGCUGCAGUGUCAGUUGUUGAGUGCGCUUAAAGCAACGACUACCGAACGGUGCGGUGCGCUGUUUGUGUCUCAGUCAUCGUAUUGUUGGAUUGUGUGUGAAAACAGAUACAAAUGGUGGUUAUAUCAAAAUGCUUAAGGUCGAAGCUUUAUUUUAUUUAUUAGUAUUAUAUUGGCUCAAUGAAGCUGCGUUAGUGACAUGUGAAACAAAUUAUCCUCCAAUUUUUCGUCAAAUCAACAACAAUUUAGUUCUUUCGGAAAGCACACCAGUCGGAACAGUUGUCUAUCAAUUAGAAGGUUCAGAUCCUGAGGGUAGUAAUGUUACGUUCGGUUCUAUUGGCUCGGACCAUUUUCGAGUGGAUCCGAUUUCCGGUAACAUAACCUUGAUUAAACCUUUAGACCGAGAAGAUAUGGAAAGUUUGAAAUUCCUGAUAACAAUACGCGAUCGUGUUAGUUCAAACACUGAAUCAGAAUUGGAUAAUAUCGUGCAUGAGACAGUGACUGUAAUCGUUUCAGAUGAAAAUGAUAAUCCACCGGAAUUUCAAAACGCACCUUAUGGCGUGGACGUAAAGGAGGACACUCUGCCGGGCACCACCAUAUUCAAAGACAUCGUAGUCAAAGAUCGUGAUAUUGUGGGUGAAAGUUUGGAUUUAAAAUGUGUAUCACAAGCCCAAAGUCCCGAUGCCUGUCAUAAAUUUCGUCUUGAUAUCCUAACAAAAGAUCCCACUUCCAUGACGGCGGCAAUAGUUUUAAAUGAAAUGCUUAACUAUAAUCAACGAACUAUUUAUCACUUCCUUUUAGAAGCCUCUGAUGGUGUACAUAUCGCUCAAACUAAUUUUGAAGUAAGAGUAAUUGACAUUCAAGACAAGCCGCCAGUAUUUCUGGAAUAUAAAUCCAAUAUAAUUGACGAGGGUACUCCCAUUAACAGUUUGGUUCUAAAAAUACAAGCCCGUGAUGGCGACACAGGCCAACCAAGACAAAUUGUCUAUGAUUUACUAACUAAUCCCAUGGAUUAUUUUCUUUUAGAUGAACGAACUGGUGAGCUGCGCACGGCUAAGCCGUUAGAUCGUGAAGCUUUACCCGAUAAUACAGGCAUUGUUAAAUUAACCGUCCGUGCUAGAGAAGUAGUCGAUGGUGCGCCAAGUAACAAUCCGGCAGAGAGUACUACAACUCAGGUGACCAUUACAAUACGGGAUACCAAUGAUUCCCCGCCCACUUUCAAUAAAAAAGAAUAUGAAGUGUCUUUACCUGAAAAUACGCCAAUCGGCACACCAUUGGCUUUAGAUAUGAACGUUACUGAUCGUGAUGUUGGUAUUAAUUCGAAAUUUCGACUUUAUUUAAAAGACGUGUCGGAUGUUUUUCAAGUUGAACCAGUAACGGCAAUGGGUUUUUCGCAAGUUUACAUUCGUGUAGCUAAUGGCAGUUUAGACUACGAAAACCCAAAUCACCGUAAAUUUAUUGUGUUAGUGAUCGCAGAAGAAACCGACACGGAUCCAAAGUUAACUUCAACGGCAACUAUAACUGUAUCUGUUAUAGAUGAGAACGAUAAUAAACCUAUGUUUGAAGAUGAAUCCUAUACAGCAUCCGUAUCCGAAGAUGCUUUGCCCGGCCAGUAUAUUACCACAAUUAUUGCUAAAGAUUUGGAUUCAGGUAAUUUUGGUGAUUCUGGCAUACGUUACAAUUUAAGCGGUGGAGGAGCAGAACUUUUUGACAUCAAUGAAAUAACUGGAGUGAUUACAUUAGCUGAUUGUAAAAAUCCUAAGACUGACAAGUUUGACGAAAAAUUAAAGCGAAACAAACGUCAAUAUGAUGAUUAUUUCUCGUUGGAAGCUUCACCUGAAACGAAUGAAGACUCGAGUGAGUUGCGUAGUUAUCUGAUGAGCACAAAUAACGAAAAUCCUCAUCCGGAUUUCAACUUUGAGUAUAAGUUAAUUAAAACACCCAGUGCCAUAGAUGUAAACAAUGAGCUAAUGCUAGAGCCUGUCGAGAAAAAAACAUCCUGUUUGGAUUACGAAACCGAAAGUGCAUACUUUUUAGCUUAUAAAGCCACUGACGAUAGCGGCCUCGGUCAGUCUUCAGUGGUAUCUUUGCGUAUUUUGGUGUUAGAUGCAAAUGACUCACCUCCUGUAUGUGAGAGCCCUUCUUACAGAGCUUCGAUCGAUGAAGGUUCUAAUGCCUUCGAAACUCCAUUAUUUGUGAAGGCUCGCGAUGCUGAUGCAAUAUCGGACAUAACUUAUCGCAUCUUAGGAGACAAAAUGAUUCAUGAUACAUUUGCGAUUGAUAAACAUACUGGUCAAAUUAUACUUAAGAAAAAUGCUACUUUGGAAGUUACGCCUUCAAAAAAUGAUCAUCUAGUGUUUGCGGUUGAAGCUGCCGACGGCGUAUUUACGACAAGUUGCGAAAUUAACAUUACUGUAAGAGAUGUUAACAAUCAUGCUCCUCACUUCCUCUCAAAUAAAUAUAUAGCGACGAUUGAAGAGAACUCUGAAAUAGGGACCAGCGUCGAAAAGUUAAUGGCCGAAGAUUUGGAUUCUGGCAUUAAUUCAGAGUUGCGAUAUCGUAUACAACAGGGUAGUUUUGAUGAUUUUCGUAUUGAUGAAAUGACUGGCGAAGUUUUUGUGUCGCGUAAAUUGGAUUACGACAGCCGUAAUACUUAUCAGAUCGAAGUAAUCGCUAUGGACUUGGGCACACCAAGUCUUUCGGGUACCGCUACUUUAACAGUGAACGUUAUUAAUAGUAACGAUAAGGAUCCUUACUUUACGCCAGCGACACAACAUGCCGAGGUGCGUGAAGAUGCUCCGGUUGGUACGGUGUUCUAUACAUUGGUUGCUUUGGAUCCAGACAUUGCUUCAAGGGAUGCUUUAGAAUUCGCUGCAGUUAACAUUACUGCCGUAGAUAAAGAUGGCAAAGAAGUAAUCGAGAGUGAGCAAUUUAAAGAGUACUUCACUAUAACGCGUAACGGCAAAGUGCUUGUUAAUAAAAAGCUCAACAGAAACUUAUUCGCAGUUAUUCAUAUAGAUGUACUCGUGACGGACAGCACAGCACCAGCCGUUCAACAGGGGCGGGGCUUACUGAUCAUACAAAUAAUCGAUGUUAACGAAAUUGCUCCGAAAUUUAAUUCACCCUGGACCAUUGAAAAUCCAGUAAUAAAACUGCAAAUGUCUGAAGAACAACCCGUGGGAUCGGUGCUUACCACUUUGCAAGCCUCCGACGAUGAUUCAACCAUUGGUGAUUAUGACAUCAGCGAAAAUCCCUACUUUGAGAUAAACAAAUCUACGGGCGUCAUAACAUCAAUUAAACGUAUCGACUAUGAAGUAACAAAAGAAAUUAAAUUUAUUGCUACAGUUACUGACACUGGCGUGCCUCCGUUGUCGUCGACCGCUGAUGUGGUAGUCGACAUUAUAAAUUUAAACGACAAUGAACCAAAGUUUACACAAGCCGUCUAUUAUUUUAAUGUAACCGAAAACUCACCAGUUGGUACCGCUGCCGGCAAAGUGGAGGCAUUCGAUAUUGACCAAGGAGCUUUUGGAGAAGUCAUUUAUUCUUUGAUCGGUGAAAAUCACAAAUAUUUUACCAUUGAUUCCUAUACGGGCAAUAUAAUGGUGGCCGACUCGUCAAUACUUGAUCGCGAAAAAAUUAAACAAAUCUCCUUAACAGCUGUGGCCAAGGACAAGGCUCCUGCAAAUUUACAGAAAUCAACUGCAGCGACGAUUUUUUUAAAUAUCUUAGAUGUCAACGAUAAUGCCCCAGAGUUUACGCAGAAUGAAUAUUCUUCUACCGUGGCUGAGAAUGCCGCAUUAAAUCCUCCCGCCGCUCUGCUGCAAGUAAAAGCUUUUGAUUUAGACGAAGGUUUAUUCGGCGAUGUACGUUAUGUUAUUAUAGAGGGCAAUGACAAAGGUUUGUUUAAACUGGACUCGCAAACAGGGAUUUUAUAUCCAGCUCAGAGUUUAUCUGGGCAAAAAGGAGUUUACAAACUGAGAGUUUCAGCUCGUGAUACUCAAGGAUCCGGCACCACGGAGGCCGUUACCAACGUAAUAAUCAAUGUGUUGAGUGUAAACCAACAUCGUCCAGUGUUUCUUAUACCCGCUCUCUCUAAUGCCACUAUAGAAAUACCAGGCGAUGUGGUUCAAAAGGAUUACCUCUUACUAACUGUAAAGGCUUUUGACAACGAUACGGAUGAGAAUGGUAAGGUGUUCUACCAUUUGCAAAUGAAUGAUCAGAAUAUUCAAGAAACGGAUGACUUUAAAAUUGAUGCCGAAACAGGGGAAUUAAGGGCGAAUAAAGAUCUUUACCGCAAAACAAAAGACAAUUAUGAUUUAGUUCUUGUGGCACGUGACUCAGGUAAUCCUAAACCUUUGGAAACCUUAAGAUUGCUCAGCGUCUGCAUAGUGGAUGCUAACGAAAACCGCCCGGAAUUCCCAGAUUCUCAUAACCCUUAUAAGAUUUCCGUAACGGAAAACAGUGGGCGUCAUGUGAAAAUCGGUCGUAUUCAGGCGACUUCGAGCAACAAAAAUAAUCGAAAUGUAUACUAUUAUAUGUUGCUGGGAAACGAAGACGGCGCCUUUGUGGUUGAUAGGGAUACCGGCGAUAUUUAUACUAAUAACAGCUUAGAUAGGGAAGUUAUCGAUUCGUAUACAUUAUAUAUAUUGGCUAGCAUUAAACGUGAUCUGCACAUAUCUGAUGACGAACGAGCGGCCUUUUCUAUUAAAAGUCUUGAUCGUGAUAAUACAGUAGCUAAGGUGCUUGUAACGGUAAUGGAUGAGAAUGAUAAUCCUCCCUUGUUCGAAAGGGAAAUUUAUUAUGCUGGUAUCAAUGCCAAGUCACCCAUAGGUAGCUUAAUAGCGAUAGUCAAUGCUUCCGACGCUGAUGCUGGGAAAAAUUCUAAAAUUGAGUAUAUGAUAGUAGCUUCAAAUUUAUAUAAGUUUGGAGCCACAAAAUCCACCGGAUCUAUCGUGCCCAGUCCUUUUGCAAUUUCUUCAGAAGGGCGAAUUACAACUGGAGCUUUCAUGGCAGAAUACAAUCAGGAUAGAUUUGAGUUAGAAAUUGUUGCGAAAGAAGUCGAGGAACCACAACGUUUGGCAAGAGCAAAAGUCACGGUUUGGAUCUUUGAUUAUACUCAAUUGGUGCGAGUUAUUUUAUCACGUCCACCCGACGAAGUCUAUCAAGAGCAAGACGAAAUUAUUGCUGAACUUCGCAAUGCCACCCAACAUCGUAUUAUUGUGGACGAAAUACGUUUUCAUGUCGAUUCUUUGGGUCGCGUGCGUAUGGAUUGGUGUGAUUUAUUCUUUCAUGCCGUGGAGCCUCAAAGUUUGCAAAUCGCUCCAGUCGAUGAAAUUCUCAAAGUUAUCGAUGCUAAUUAUGAUUAUCUUAGAGAUUAUUAUGCUGGAUUUGCGAUAGAGAAUGUGGUACCAGCUUAUACAGCUAUAGUGCAAGAAGAAUUUGAUUUAGCCAUAGCCGGUUUAGUUGCCUUAAUUAUAGUUUUAUUUGUAGGUGUAGUUAGCUUUAUAGUAUUAUGCUGCUGCCUCAAGCAUUGGAAUCUCUCUGUGCCAACAGAAAGUAGGCGUAAAGAAGCUUUGAUUAAAAAACAGAUUGUAGAAGAUCUGAAUACCACCGAAAAUCCCCUUUGGAUAGAACAAAAACUAAAACUUUAUGAAGAGCAAGAGUUAACUAUGCAAGUAUUCUCCGAGCCAGAUCAUGUUUCAAAUUUGGACGUCCCGACAAAUCUCGAGCAACGCAAUUCCUCCGAUCAAAUUCAUCAUACAAUGGACAACACUUACGCUACCAUCCAACCUCGUAAUAGUAAUCAUACUGUAAAUGCUAGUGGCAACAAUGGGAGAAAUUUGGAUAUGAGUCGUAUUGAACCGCAUAUGGCAGAUUUUGCGGACUACGCCACACUGCGCAAUAAUCGCACUCCGUCUAUGUACGAGUUUACUGGCUCAACCUUUCAAGCACCAAUACGGGAUGGUGACGAUGUAGUUACUGAAUUAAUCUAAGAAAAUAUUUCGAUUUAUGUCUGCGAGAACAACAGAUCUUUGUCGCAAUAUUUUUUGUGGAUUUCUAGAAAAACGAAUAUGUAUUUUUUAUAUAAAAAUUGCUAUACCCCCAUUACUUUCAUACAUACACAUAUUAACGGGGAUUGCUUUUUUUUUUUUUUUUUUUUUACUUGAUACUCAAGUAGGCUGCAAUACGUAUACAUAAAUAAUAUUAACUAUAAACUGUGACAAUAAGGAAAACAAAAAAGAAAAAAUGCAUUUAUACUAAGCUAAUCUCUAUUAAGCAAAAGCCUGGAUUAUCACACAUGAGCUAAUUUCGUUAUGCUUUUAAAGUAUUUUGAUACGAAUAUAUAUUUUUUACAAAUAUUAUCUUAUGUAACAAGAACGUAACUUACUGCAUUAGUUUACUCUUAUGCUUUUAUUAGUAUUUAUAUGUAAUAUGUACACAAACGCAAACGCGCCUAGUUAUUUGUAGACAUUGAGCAAAUAAAUAUGCUUUUUACAUAUGAGUUGUAAUGGAUAAUACUCUCUCUCUCUCUGUUUCUUCCGUUAAGUUACUUGUAUUAAGAUAUAUAUUAACCGAAGCAAUCUUUUUAAGUUUAAGUACAAAAUUAAAUGCUUCCAUUAAUAAAUACACGUAAUAUACAUGCAUAUGUUCACUUAUACUAUGUAAUAUAAGCAAAGCGAUAAAAUGAAAUAUAUAAAUACAUAAAGUCCUUUCAUUUUGUAAUGA